AGCGGGAUAGCUGGCAAGAUACUUGGCGCAGGAGUCUCUGCCUUCGUAGACGCUGCUUGAACGACGCCUGGUAUUUUACCAUUGGUCAAGCUAGCUUUCUAGACUCCCUUCCCCAUUGGCCAGGCGUCCUUUCCUAGUUCAGUGACAGAGCAUGGAGCAGUCAGAGUGAGAUUACUUGUAUAGUUGCAGACAACACACAGCUUAGCCCCAUCAUUUUUCUAAGGUAGUCGAUCAUUUCCUGUAGACCAAGGCUAUUGGAAGACUUCAGCGGCCCAGAAUCCACUUGAAAGAGGCCUGCUUCGUGAGGCCCAUCUACGGAAGCAUACAUUCACUAUUACGUUGGACUUCUGAGAGCAGCUUCUUUUGACAAGAAGGACUUUGAUUAGCUAACUCUUUGCAACGUCUGAAAUCCUGAGAUUUCCAACCUUCUGUCUUGGACUGUGUUUCAAGGCUGGCAGCUUUUCGUCUGGACUUAUUCUUGUUCUGACAUUGAGGACAGGACGGACGGAAGUAAUCAGAUUAGCCGAGGUAGUCGGCCGUGAAGUGAACAGAUCUGCGGACGUGUGGCAACUGCUUUGACCCUCCCUCUGGAGAGCGGAUAGCAACAAGGAUUAAUGUUCACGUCCCCUACAGUCUAGGAAGCAGGACGCGGUCAGCACCUAUCGGACUUACCACUUAUCACCGCACCCAUGGUCAUGCAAGAAGUCAAUUUGACUAAGCCUGAUAGUUAACAGCUCAGAUCCCCAUCGACCAACCAAAUCAUCCCGAGGCUUGACAUCAUCGCUGAUUGGUUGACAUCGAGACGCUAUGGCGGACCCUGGACAACUGACGUCAACAGCAGCUUACUUCAACACUACGGUCGGUAGUAACUCCACGUUGUCAGACAUGGGGGGCAACGCUUCCCAAGAGGUUCUGACAGGUCUGGAUGUAUGGAAUUCGUGGUAUCGCCCCGUCCAUGGAUACGCUGCCCCAAUUGUGUGCAUCUUCGGAGUUGUGGCAAAUGCGUUGAACUUUUUUGUUUUGACCAGCAAGAAUAUGCUAUCACCGACUAACGUUAUUCUCUCGGGUUUAGCCGUGUCUGAUGGACUCACAAUGGCGGCUUAUUUCCCAUACGCCAUUCUUAACUACCACAUGUUUGAUUCCCGUCCCUCCCCGUUAGCAAACGCUCGUUUUCUUUUGUUUUACGCCAUUUUCAGCGUAGUGGUACACUCCAUUUCAAUUUGGCUGACGGUUUCUUUGGCACUCUUUCGUUACAUAUUCAUACGCAAUCCUCGACACGGAGCCAAAUUGUGUAGUAUUCAAAGAGCCAAGCUGACAAUUUUAAUCGUAUCGGUAGUAACAACGAUUGCUUGUGUACCCAACAGCGUGUCCUACAAGUUUACCGACUAUACAGAGAAUAACGUUACGUCAUGGUACAUUGAUGUCAAGAAAGACACCUCUGCCGCAAUUUUCAUCAAGAACCUCAAUUUCUGGACACAAGCCCUCUUGGUAAAACUAUUACCGUGUUUUCUGUUGACAAUACUGAGCGUGUGUUUGGUUAAGACAAUGAAGGAUGCGGAAAAGAGGAGGAAGAAGCUAUUGAAUAAGACCAAGAAAGCGGACGACGACAACAAACGGCAGGGGAAGACCAACAGAACGACGCGCAUGCUUCUCAUUGUCGUUGCUUUGUUUCUGUUGACUGAGAUUCCUCAGGGAAUCCUUCAACUGCUGAGUGGGGUGAUCGACGGGUUUUUCAUAAAUGUGUACAGCCCUCUGGGGGAUUUAAUGGAUAUUCUCGCUCUCAUCAACAAUGGAAUAAACUUCGUCCUGUACUGUACGAUGAGCAAGCAGUUCAGAGAUACAUUCAUCAAAAUAUUUCUCAAGGACAUGCUGAAGGGUGGCGAGAAAAGGACAGCUCUUGUGCAAACCCAGGCCACACGUGACUCUGACGUGUGAAUGUACUGAUGUGCCUCGCUCUGCUCAACUGUAUGAACACCGUGCCUAGUCAAUGAACACUGUGCUGAGAAACUGGUUGGAACAAUGCGUGAUACUUGAAGUGAAGGUGUAGAUAGACGCACGCCGGCUGGCAUACAGUUUGUCAGGAAACAGAACAACUAGGUUGACCCCUUACUGCAGAUCUAUUAUGGCGUCAUAAUUGACUGCAGAACUUGUUUCCUGACAGGGCUGUGUUUCAAGUUGGCCAUACGCUGGACUGAUGAGCUGCCUUGAGUGACUGGUCGUAGUUGGGAGUGAACGCUUGUACAUAACCCGUCACUUGGAUCUGUGCAUACGGUGACUUAUACAGAGAAUGAUGUAAAUACACUUGUAUUAUACCCAUGAUGUAUAGCAGUUAAGUAACAUCCUGCUACUUGUAUAUACCCAGUAGUGGACACAGCCAUGACGAAAUAGCCGGAUACUGCACUCGGCGACCUCUUCCCCAUCUGACAACAGGGACGCUGUGUUUGUUGCCUGGCGACAGUCAAAGGCGUGAUGAGACGAUUUAACUGACUAUCAUAUGGUUUUUAUUCCUUGCUGGCUUGACCGAGACCUGCUUCUUGUUAAUGCUGUAUAUACAUAUAUCGAGUAUAUUCCUCUGUUGAGUGUUGUUAUCAUGCAAAACAGCUACCUGUAUAUGUAUCGUAGUGUGCACCUUAUUUGUACUGACUUACGUAAGGUAAAUAGUAUUUUGUGA